UAUCUAUGAGAGACGACAUAAAUCCUUUUCUUUCCCCUGUGCCUACCUCGUAUUCCAGCUACAAACAUCCUACCAGACACAUACUUGGAGCAUCGCCUUCUCUUGCCUCUUAAAUCAACUCUCCUCCUACUUCCUUGUUUCCACCAUCGCGACAAUGGGUAUCGGUGGUGCUGUUUUGAAGUUUGGCUCUACAGCGCUGUAUGCGCUUGAGUUCUGUUGUGCUGCGGUUAUCCUCGGUAUUUACAGUUACUUCCUCGCUGUACAGGCGGAUCGCGAUGUCAACAUUCCGGUUUGGCAACAGGCUGUCACUGGUCUUGCUGGCGCGACUGUUUUGUACACAAUCUUUGCUGUCUUGUUGACUUGCUGCCUUGGCGGAAAGAAAAUCUUUGCUUUCCUCGGCAUACUACUCGACAUCCUUUGCUGCGGUGCCAUGAUCGCCGUCGCCGUCCUGACCCGUGACGGCGCAUCCAGCUGCUCUGGCAAUGUCAACACACCUCUCGGCGACGGACCCGCCAGCUCCAAGGAGGGCUUCGGCUCCAACGGCCAAGGCAACCAGAUCACCUACGCCGCCUCUCUCGGCACGACCUGCAAGCUCAACACCGCCUGCUUCGCCGUCGCCAUCAUCGGCGCUUUCCUCUUCCUGCUCAGCGCUCUCGUCCAGGUCUUCCUUAUGCGCCACCACAAGAAGGAGAAGGCCUUUGGUCCUGGUCCUAACAACGGCUACACCAAGGGUUCCGGCAUGAAGUUCUGGCAGCGCCGCAAGGCCAACCGCACCAUGGGACACCGUGAUCCCGAAGUCGGUACCAUCCCUGCUACCACUGCUGGCGGUCUUGCUGCCCCUACCGCGGCCCACGACUACCGUCCCAGCCACGACACUGCAUACACUGGCUCCACCGUCGCUGCUCCUCACUCUGGUUUCGCUACCGACAAGCCUGUUACUGGUGGAUACCACACCGCCCCCCACGUCGCUCCUACUGCCAACUACGCCAACACUGGCAACACUGCUACUUACGGCCAAGCCACCAACUACUAGACGCAAUCAUCCCAUAUCACCUAGGAGACUGAGAUUGGCGAUGCUCUAGAUUGUGCCU